AUGGGAACUACAGGGCAAUCGAUCACACUAGCUAACAGUAUAAUUGGAGUUGGUAUUUUGGCUAUGCCCUUCUGUUUUCAACAAUGUGGUAUAUUGCUAGCAACGUUAAUUUUAAUAUCCAUGGGCCUGGUCUCAAGACUGUGCUGCUAUUUUCUUUUAAAAUCUGCAAUCAUAACUCGAAGAAGAAAUUAUGAAUUUCUCGCAUUCCACAUAUUUGGUCCAGCGGGCAAGAUGGCAGUUGAGAUGGGUAUUAUAGGUUUUCUAAUGGGCACAUGCAUAGCCUACUUCGUGGUCGUCGGUGACCUUGGCCCGCAGAUCAUAGCGAAGAUGUUUAACAUCAACCAGAGCGAUAUAUUGAGAACCUCAAUAAUGGUGAUAGUCUCACUUGUGUGCGUAUUACCGUUGGGUCUGCUAAGGAAUGUUGAUAGCCUGAGCAACGUCAGUGCGGCUACUAUCGCCUUCUACUUCUGUCUAGUCAUAAAGGUAAUAGUAGAAGCGACGGGUCAGCUGUUUACGGCGGAUUUUACGUCCCGUAUUGAAUUAUGGAAACCUUCUGGCGUGCUGCAAUGCGUCCCAAUAUUCUCUAUGGCAUUAUUCUGUCAGACACAGUUGUUCGAGAUUUUCGAGUCGUUACCUUCUUUAUCUCUAGAGAAGAUGUGCGUAGUGACAAAGAACGCCAUCAAUAUAUGCUCAGGCGUUUACUUCACGCUCGGCGUAUUUGGGUACAUCGCGUUCGGCUCGCAAGAGAUAUCAGGUAAUAUCCUAAUGAGUCUAAGCCCAACGAUGGGCAGCGACGUUAUAAAGCUGGGCUUCGUGAUGUCGCUCGCGUUCAGUUUCCCGCUCAUCAUAUUCCCUUGUCGCGCCAGCCUCUACUCCUUUUUAUACAGAAAAGCGCAGCCAACACACCACGACCACAUGGUGAACCACUCCAUCCCUGAGGGCCCCUUCCGUCUCCUGACCCUCGGCAUCAUAAGUAGCGCGCUCUGCGUUAGCCUGUUACUGCCCACCAUAGAGCUGGUGCUUGGACUGUUGGGCGCCACCAUCGGAGUGCUCAUAUGCCUCGUGUUCCCCGCUGCCGCCUUCCUGAACGUCACCUUCAAGAAUACCAACGAGAGAGUCUUGGCUAAGUUCGUCUUGAUACUGGGUCUGAUAAUCCUUGUAUUGGGGACGUACGCGAACCUGCAGGCGGCGGAGAACUCGCGCGAUAAGUACGAUGAAAAAUUGAUCACCCAGGAGCGUAUCGACAAAAUCGUGGAAGACUUCUUCCAGAAAAGGGAAAAGUCGGAAGAAGUAAUAGCCAAGCUCGAGAACAUUCCGCUUAAUGGUGCCAAUGAAUUAGGCAAUUCAAUUAUUAAGGAUUCAGAAAUACAACCGCCGAAUCCUGUUGCACCGGAAUCUCACUCUAAUGAAAAACUCCCAGUUGUUUUCCCCGUACUUGAACAAAAAAAUGAUAUUUUGCCAAAAGUCAAUAUUGAAGACUCUGUAAAACACCCAAAGAACUUAAUAUCGAAAAUAAACGGAAAAAGUAUUGUUAAUGGCAUUAGUAAGAGUGUAGUGGAUGACAAAAUUGCAUUUCCUGAUAAGAAAGAACAGCCUAAAGAAGAAAAAGCACAAGCAAACCAACAAAAAAUUGACAUGAUAAAACAGCAACAGUUGAUAGAAACUAUUAAACAACAUGGGCAAGAACAAAAAGAAUUGCUCAAAGAACAGAAAGAAAUUCUAGAUGAACUCCUAAAGACAAAGAAAGAAAUGCAACAAAACAAAAAAGAAAAUGACAACAAUGAAGCCAAAAAGAUAGCAGUUGAAAGUAUACAAAAAAUUGCUAGUGCAGCUAUUCAGAGCUUAAGUGGUGUUUCAGAUAAACCAGCUGAUGAUAAGGUUGAAAAACAGGCAGAUCCUGUGGAAAGUAUAGCGAACGAAGCUGUUAACAAUAUUGUUAAAGAAACUUUAGAUGCUAUUCAACAAAUUGAUAAGAAAAAUAGUGAACAACUCGAGAAAGAAAAAGUUGUUAAAGAUCAAGUUAUAAAUAACGUACUUAAAUUACCUCAAACGAAGAAUUAUUCGGGAAUUAUUAACUCACAUAUUCAAAAUUCGGCACACGCUACUAUAAAACAAAACGAUGAAAAUACUGAUUUAGAUAAACCAGGUGUUGUUAAAGUUUCAGGGAAAAAUAAUAUAGUUAAAAAUUUGCAACAAAGACAAAGCAAUAAUCAACCGAAUACCGCGGAAAAUAAGGAAAGAUUGAAAGCAAGUAAUGAUAAUAUCUUAGAAGAACCAAUUAAAGAACAUUCGCAUUUGCCAGAUGAACCCAAAUCAUACAGAGAAGGCGAGGACACGCAAAUAAACAAAAAUGCUGAACGAAAACCCAGCAAUGACAAUAAACAAAAUGUUCCCAUAAUUAAAACUGAGAAUAAAGUAGCGGUACAUGAUGAACCAACUAAAAGCAAAGAAAACGGUGCUAUAAACUUUAAAGCCGAUGACAUAUUGAGUAAUAUAGCUAACGGUAACAAUCUUAUACCAAGGCGAAAAAGAGAAAUUGAAGAUGAUACAGUAAAUACCUUACUAUUACCUAACAGCAAAGAAAUUUGCAAUAACCUAGUAAAUGCACCAGCUGAACGCAAAAACGAAGAAGUAUUACUACCAGACGUAAAUUUAGGAGACGUAGGAUUAUCGAAUUCCCUACAAGGGAUUGCGUUACAUCACAUUAGGUCUCUGAAAAGUAUUAAAGAUGAUGAAAAAAGAUAAAUGUAGUUGAAUUUUUUCGAAACUAAAUCUAAAGAAUCACUGCAUCCAAUAACUUUUUAGCUAAUUACGCAGUAAAAAUUCUCCAAAAUAAAUAUGAAGGUAUUCAACUAGUGUUACACAUUUUUCUACAAGCACGUUUUUCUAGACCUGUCAAUGCAGUUUAGUUAGCAGAUUUGAGUAAAAACUCGCACCACUAAUUAUUUAUUAUUAAAAUGUAUUUUAUGACGGCUUUUAUGAAGAAACACAAGAAAACGGUAUUUUAUGUAUAAUUUUAUUUAUAAAAUAUUGAAAUUACUCCCACGGGACGCUUUGCAAUAAUGUCCAUUUUAGAUUGCAUUAUUAUUUAUUAGCUUAUACUAAUCAGAUGUUAACUUCAACCAGAAAAAUUAAAAUUAAGUUUUAAUUCUUUGUAAUAUGUACAUAAUACAAUACAUUUUUGUUAUUACACUAUCAUUUGUCAACCUAUAAGAAUCAAUUCUGAAAAGAUAAAAACGAUUCAUGUCCAUUUACGGACUACCAGAAGUUAACUUUAAAUACGAGAAAUUUAAGUAUGCAACAAUAUAUUAUAUAUUUGUAAUGUAUACAUAAUACAAUAUAUUUAUGUAAUCACGAUAAAAUAUGUAAUUAUUUAUUUUGUAUGUGAAGCGUUAAAGAAGCUAAGCAUUUAUUAAUUUAUAAGUGAUAGUAACAUCGAAGUUCGAUGCUACUUAAAAAAAACAUCAGGUAAUCGACUAUAAACGAUACGAGAUUAAAAAUAUUUUUAAAGGUCGUUGCUGAUCUACGCGAAACCCAAGCACAAGUAACUAUCUAGAAACCGUGCGGCAAUAGAUAUAUUUAAUUUGUAACAAAAAAAGUCGUGUCUAUACGUAAGUUAUACUUCUUUGAUGUUAAUUACAUAAGUAUUUUUACGUAUUGAAACAAAUUUCAACUGAGUUAAACGAAAGACGACAUCGAACGCUACGAAUUAAAAUUUUAAAUAACUUAACAUUAAAAAAACAAAAAUUACAAUUUUAUUGUGUUACAUUUGCGCUCGAAAAAUUUUUAUCUGCGCUACUUUUCAAUAUUCAAUGUCUUCCAUUUAAUGGAGUGGGCCAUUGUAAAAGAUUGUCAGUCGUAAAAAUAUAAAAUUGUCCAUAAGAUCAUUAUAUGCAAAUUAGCAUUAAGAAGUAUAAUAUGAAUGUUAGGUUGCUUGAAAAGAAAAAUUAUGCAGAUUAUCGAGCUAACUUCUUAAUUUAAACUUAAUUUAAAUUGCUAUUUUACUUAAAUUGCAUACAGAUAAUUACUUACGUAUUAGCGAACGUACUCUGCACUGAUUGGCUUAGUAAUACGAUUUAAAUUAUAAUGCAUCGAACUCCGAACCCAAUGGGAAAGAUCACUGAAAACAAGGCAGAGGGUGCUGUGUGUUUGUUAUUUGUCAUCACUUAGAUCAAAACAAAAACUAUCAGUAAAGUGUUGUCAAAUUGUAUUUUUUUUAAACCAUUCAUUGUUGUGACGUGCACAACGAAUUACGUUGUUAUAAAACGAAGAAAGUAAGAAAAGUACAAAUUAUAAGGAGAUUCGUAAGAAAAAUUCCUUUAAGGCGGAAUUAAUAAUUGAUAGUGGUUAUCCAGUCUUCCCCAUUGGAAUAAGCUUUUUGACAAAUACGUUUUAAUGCGUUCAUCAAGUUACGUACGUUCAUUUCUUGAAUACAAAUUUCGUACCCAAUCGCCCCUUAUUUUCUUAACGCCAAAAGAAGUUUAACUUCAAAAUUUUACUACAAAAUUUUACUUACAAAACUGGGAUAUACACGUGAGGAAUCAUGCGCGGUAUUAAAUAGAAAUAAGUUAUUUAAUAAAAUGAUGUCUGUGAUCUAUAAUUAUAAGUCGCAUUGUAAUUAUCAUCAUUGUAAAGUUUGUGAAGAUGCUAAUAAAUCCGCUAACACCAUUAAAAUAA